UCCUUCAGCCAUGGAGCUCACCAUGGACAACUUGCACAGCGUCUCCUCGCACUCCCAACCAGGGGACCUCAUGAGCUCUCCGCACGCUCGGCCGUCUCCGUCCCCGAGCUCCACACCCCGGAACCUGGUCUCGCACGCUCCGGGUGGGCGACCGGCCAUGGUGUCCGGCAUGGCCUCACUUCUCGAAGGGUCCGGCGGGGACUACCGGACGGACCCGUCCGCCUUGUCRGGACACCUYCAUUCGUCCAUCAGCAUGUGUGAGACCGGGAUGAGCCUUAGUAACACAUACACCACGCUGACCCCUCUGCAGCACCUACCUCCGAUAUCCACAGUGGCGGAUAAGUUUCACCACCCGCACUCGCACCACCACCCUGCCGCCCACCAACGACUGUCCGCCGGGAACGUCAGCGGGAGCUUCACGCUGAUGCGGGAGGACCACCGGGGGCUGACGUCCAUGGGCAACCUGUACAGUCACUACCCAAAAGAGAUGUCCGUCACCGGCAUGGGUCAUGGAUCGUUGUCUCCCUUGUCCGGCGGGCUCGGUUCUCUGCACAACUCCCAGCAGUCGCUCUCCGCCUACGGUCCCAGCACGCACCUCUCCACCGACACCAAGAUGCUGUCGCCGGUGUCGGGGUUCGAGUCCCACGCCUCCAUGCUGUCUCGAAGCGACCAGGAGCACCUGGCCAGAAGUUUAGGUGGACACGGCCACGGCUUGAUCUCCAACCUCAAUGGGAUGCACCACCACCCGCACAGCCACCUUCAUUCCCAGGCAAACGGUGCUGUGAUGAUGGCCGAUCGGGAGAGGCACGGUCACGUCGCCGGUCAGGGAGUGUCAGGGUCGGGCAUACAGGCGGAGGAAAUCAACACGAAGGAGGUGGCUCAAAGGAUAACGGCCGAGUUGAAGCGAUACUCUAUCCCGCAGGCUAUUUUUGCCCAGCGGAUCUUGAGCCGGUCGCAGGGGACCCUGUCGGACCUGCUGCGGAACCCCAAACCGUGGAGUAAGCUCAAGUCGGGCCGGGAGACGUUCAGGAGGAUGUGGAAGUGGCUGCAGGAGCCCGARUUUCAGCGGAUGUCUGCUCUGCGGCUGGCCGCAGCAUGUAAGCGCAAGGAGGAGGACCGGGGACGGGAGCGCAGCCAGGUGCCAAAGAAGCAGCGGCUGGUCUUCACAGACCUGCAGCGUCGUACCCUUGUGGCCAUCUUCAGAGAAAACCGCCGCCCCUCCAAGGAGAUGCAGCUCACCAUCUCUCAGCAGCUGGGCCUGGAGCUCUCCACCGUCUCCAACUUCUUCAUGAACUCACGUCGCCGCUGUCCGGAGCGCUGGGACGCAGAGGAGCACUGUCAUGGCGCGCACGGCCACGUUCACACCCCCCACGGAAACAGCAGCGGAGGCGGCGGCGGCGGCGGCACCAACAGCGCGUCCCCGAUCCAACCGGGCACCUCGUCUGCAAAUACGUUCUCCAAAGCCUGACGGCUGCAGGACGCACGGUUGAACUGAUAUUUUUUUUCUCUUCUUUUUAUAAGCCAAACAGUGUUUAAAAACUGCUAUACUGCACAGUAGCAGAGUGUGCAGCACUCUUAUUUGAUCUCAUUUGCUCUUAUGCACUGGAGCAGAUGAAUCAGAUACUUUCAGUUCUAUGUGUUUAACUUACUUUUUUUUUUUUUAUCAUUCUAACUUGCAUUUUAAAACUAGUGCCCUGCCAACCAAAGAAUAUGUAGCUUUAAAUAAGUUUCCACAUCAAAACCAAAGAAAAUGUAUCUGCACAAAAGUGUAGUUUUGUGUUUAAGUCGUACAAUGGGAGGAGAAUACAUCCUCCAUCAUGGAAGACUUUGGCUGAAUCACAUUUCCAAAGGUUGUCCCUCCCCCUCUUCCCAUCCCUUUGCCACCCAAUGUAGGUCAACAAAUCUCACUGUGAAAUGAGACACUGCUGAUACGUCACCAGUUCCCACUGAUUCCAAGUGAAAAGUAAAUCUAAUAUAUUAAUGAUGUAUUUAAAUAAUUAAGUAUUAUGAAUCUACAAACAAAUAGUAUCUAUUUUGACGAAACAUCUUUGUUCCGAGCACACUUCAAGUACACUUACAUUCAGACGCACUCGGAGCACACUUAGGGUUAUUGUGACUUUAAGUAUGUUUUAGUGCCAUUGAAAUUYUCAGUAAAUUUACUAUCCAGUAAGGGGAUGUAACUACAGCAAACUAGAUGUCACAGUGACAGUUGCUGUCAAACAAAGACAUUUAAAACGAUUUUUUUGGGGGGGACGGGGGGAACAGUAGCUUAUGUUGAGAAAAAACAAUCAUCAAAUUAGACAUUUUAAUUGUUGCUACUGUCAAAUAUAAGCUCUGCAAUAUUGUGCUGUAUUAGCUUUUAACAACAUUUGACAGCGACAUAAAAUGUAUAUAUAUAUAAAACUUCAACUUGGCCAUAAUAUGAAGUGUACAAAUGAUGAAAAACACCCUUCAGUGUCUUUACUGUCCCAUUGACAAAGUUUAAUCGUACGGCUGGUUACUGUGCCAUUAAAAUUAUGUUAACUGAAUGUUUAGAGUGGAUUUGGAAGAACAGUUUCUACUCCAUUUCCACAUUUGCCAUUGAAAAAUGUCACUUUGUUCUUCCCCUAAUUCGCAUAAACCAUUGGAAGGCCUUACCUAUUUGACUAAUAAGAUUAAGGGUGAGGAAUGAGGGUCAAGAUAUGAAAUGAAAUUCAGCCUUUGUGUUCAGUCGUCUGCCUGAAAUUCAAAACCAGAUCUGAUGCAGUCGUGCUAAUAGUUCUCUUGACAUGUUCAGGUUCUCUGUGCAUGAAUUAUGAAUAAUUUGGGCAUCGUAUGUCUGUGGAUGGGAUGCACUGCAUCUUGCAAAACUAUUCACAGCCUUUAAACCUUUCCACAAUUUCUCAUAUUGCAGUCACAAACUUCAAUGGGUGUCGUUGUAAAUGCAUGUAGCAGACCAACAAAAUGUAGUGCRUAAUUGUGAAUUGAUAGGAAAAUUAUUUAUUAACUUAAAGAUUGUUCACAGAAAAUCUGAAAAGUGCAACUUGCAUUUGCAUUCAGGGUUCCCUAAUCAAUACUUUUUAAAGGAACCUAUCACUGCAAUUAGUCUUUCUGAUACAUCUGUACAAGCUUUACACUGAUAGAAUCAGCAAAGUUCGCCUACUAUUCGUUGCAAAUUGCAAAAGCACAGAAAACAUACUGCAGAGCAUAAGUGAAAUAUGCAUCCAAACCAUUCCAUUAUAACUCUGGCUAGUUUAUAACCUCCUCCUCAGUUUCAAGUCAUUUGCAGCCAAUGUCAGGUUUUCUCGAUUUCCCUGCAUUCAGCUCCAUUUACUUUUCCAUCAACUCCAAUCAGCUUUCCCGUCACUGCUAAAGAGAAGAACACACAYGGCAUGAUGCUGCCUGUGCCAUAUUUUGGAGGAUGCCUGCCACACAGAGCAUUUCUCCAUGUAGGCCAACUAGUUUSUGUAAAUUUAAACAAGUUUAAACCUAAAUUUGUACGAGUCUCUAUCAACAGUGUAUCUCCUGCUCCUCCAGAAAGGCCAGAWWWGCGACCUGAUCGUCAAGCAGACAGAUUACUCACUUAAACGCUUUGCGUUGGUCUAUGACAUAAAAACCCAAAUGAAAGUUAAAAUUUUAAUAUGAUAAAAUGUGGAAAAUUUCAAGGGGGAAUAACACKUGGCAAGGURCUGCAUCUUUACCUUAGAAACACGUAUUGACAGAGACGUUUGUUUUUCAGCGUCAGGUAAAACUGUUCGUCUAGGCACUUUGACCAACAUAUUAAUGUGUGUGUGUGUCAUGGUGAUUCCAGUGUAAAAUGUCCACAAGGUUUUUAUGGGACAGGAGGUGUAAUUUCCCUGCAUAGACCUAAUCUGAUCCACCCAGAAGUAACAGUGCCACCUGCUGUCCAUUUUAAGAACAUGCGCAGCUCGUUUCCAUGGAUAUCUCCAUCCACAGAAACCAUUUUGACCCUACAGUUUCAAUUCCGCACACACUUAUAUGACGGAGCUAUAUUAUUAUUACUCUUACCAACACACCCUUUGAUACUAUUUGAAUGUUUGCUUCCAAGUGCUCAUUGUGCGGCUAUGCUGCCAUAUGAGAGGUUAUAUUCAGGUUACCAAAAGGAGAACAAUCAAAGAGGGGACGGCACUCCACACACUUAACCGAGAGAGGAAAAAAAAAAAAAAGAAGAAAAAAAAAAAUCCCUGUGUGCAGUGGGGUGCAGGUGGGACGGAGGACGGGUCAGCUCUGUUCUAGUGGCCAAACACAGAGGUCAAAUGUCAAAAUACAGGAUUCAGAGUGCCAAUGAUGUUUGCCUCUUUCAUGAUAAUCAGAGAACAGACGCAGCUCUGCUCCUUCGUCGCGCACGCCCCGUCCCGUCUGCUCUGCGUCAUUACAACCUUCGAUUUGCGAGCACUACUCCGGGCCCCGUUUGCCCGCUCCAUACCUCAGAAAAACACAGACGAACAUGAAACACUGUAAAUAACCUUUUGAUUUCAUCCUUCUCUCUGUGUUAUCUAUUCUCUAUUUAUCUACUCUCCUUCCCCCMCACGCCCCAAUUCAAUGUGUCUUUCUUUCAUUUCUCCCUCCUCCUCAACUACUGAUGCGGGUAAAAUUAGUACCAUAGACACAUGGUUUCUCUCUUGUGACUAUUGUGCUAUGUUGUGCUGAAACUAUAUGUAAAGAUGCACCUUCUUGACAAAAUGUAAAAAAAAAAAAAAAAGAAAAAAAAAACUUUUAGAUUAGGAGAAAAAAAAAGACAAAUCAACAUGUCAUAAACUGAUGCUAUGCACAGACAAGGAAGGGAUAUCACAAGGGAAAAGACUGUGCGUAUAUUUGUGAAUAUCUGUGGACUAUMUGGAUGUGAAGGACCUCUUCCUUGAUCUCUAAUCCUCUUUGAACUGGACUGUCGCUGCAUUCCUCUGCUGUUGGUGUUUUUUGGCUUUUCUUUUUUUGCUUUAUGUGUCUUUUUACGUUUUCUUUUGUGGGCAAAGCCACUUGUUGUGUAGCAUCUUCAAGCGGGAGAUAAUCAUAAAAGAGAGGAGGUGCAGAGAGGAGGAAAAAGGGCAAGGCAGCGGAGGCACCAGCAUCUGAUGAUCGAAAGAAAUAACUGGAUUAUAUUCCUACAUGGCCUCAUGGUUUCCUCACGGUUUUGUGGAGCUGAUUAGCUCCACUGACAGACGUUUGUAGUUCACACUCGAGGCAAAGAGACGGAGGAAUUUAAACAUUUCUGUGUGAGUGGCUUUGUUGCAGAAGCAGGUAGACUGUGACACAGCCGCCGAUACCAAAGAUGCAUCGAGCCCACUGUGUGUGUAAUGAUCAUGGACUCACAAACAAACAAACACACACACGCACACACACUGACAAUUAAAUUAAGUUUAUGUGAGAGAAUAUGCUCUGCACGAAUAUCACUACUACUAUGUUACAGCGUUUAAUACAUAAAUGUCACAUUGGAUAAGCUGCUUCUCAGUUGUCCACAGGCUUACAAACUCAUCAAAGGUAGAUUCUUCACGGACCAAAUAAAAAAAGAAAGAAAGAAAAGGACUACAUGGUUCUUGUGUGGAGAAUGGAAAAGAAGCUAAAAACACUGAUACACAACCAGGCUGUAGCUGUUGUCAGAUGCUCUUGUUCAUCUGACUCAGGUGCUAAGACAAAAGGCAGCAGCUGAAGCUGAUGAUCACGUCUGAACAUGGAGAAGGAGCGAUUGGAGAGAGCCGUUAUUGAUCUACUGUGAUCUGCUGACAUCUGCAGAGGUUUUGUAAUGACAGGGGACACACACACACACACACAC